UCGAAGUGCGAAUCAUCGCCACCCAAGCUGUGGUUAUGGUUGGGAAGAAGGAGACCCCAUCCUCGAAUAAGCAGCAGCAUAAAAACGCUACGACCAAUACCAACACAAAUACGACUUCUACGAGCACUACCGUUUCGACAACAGAUAAAACUCCUACCCCUGUGAGUACCACGGAUCAGGAGCUAGAGAAGGACAACCAACUCCAACAAGUUGUUGCAGCCCCCUCUACUGCUGCUAAUAACGGGAGCGUGGCGACAAGAACGGUGACGGCGACACCACCACCUCCAAAACCAGCUCCGACAGUACCACCUCCAACAACAGCAGCUCCGACGCCAAUCCUCAACAACGUCGCCGUGGUGAACCCUGCACGCGAAGAUUUUCGAGCUGGGGGUGGACCUGCGAAUCAUUCCGUAGACUCGGUCUCCUCCGUUUUCACGGUGUCCUUAGGUGCUUUAGACGACAUGCCAAUCUCGGGGUCGCGUGGUGCUAGCAUCCGUGAAAGCCAACCGCUUCUCAGAAUGGAUGACCUAUCUUUACAUAACAUAUUUCCAGACGAUCCUUCAUUCUCGGACUUGGUUAGACAAACGGAAAUCGCUAUAGAUUGUGGGAUUCUACCUGAACGGAUCUAUCAGGGCUCGUCGGGAUCUUACUUUGUCAAAAGUUCUGUGAAUAAAACGAUAGCAGUUUUCAAGCCCAAGGACGAAGAACCUUAUGGCCGAUUAAAUCCAAAAUGGACAAAGUGGUUGCACAAACUUUGUUGUCCGUGUUGUUUUGGUCGCUCUUGUCUAGUUCCUAAUCAAGGAUAUUUGUCAGAGGCUGGUGCAUCCCUUGUCGAUACAAAAUUGGAACUGAAUAUAGUUCCGAAAACAAAGGUAGUCAGAUUAGUCAGUGAAACUUUUAACUAUGUUAGACUUGAUCGAGAGAAGGCUAGAGCUAAGCGGGCCGUAAUUGAGCGCUUUCCGUCUCUUGGACGACGUUUCAAUCGGAUUGGACUGCCACCGAAGACUGGGUCAUUUCAACUGUUUGUGGAAGGUUACAAGGAUGCAGACUACUGGAUCAGACGCUUUGAAAGUGAACCUUUGGCGGAUUCCAUUCAGAAGCAAUUUCAAUUUGAAUUCGAAAGGCUUGUCGUGUUGGACUACAUUAUUCGGAACACGGAUCGAGGCAAUGAUAAUUGGUUGAUUCGAUACGACAAACCAGAAGUGUCGAAAGAUACUCCGGAAGAAGAAUGGGCUUUUGUUAAACCACCAGCAAUUCGGGUAGCUGCAAUCGACAAUGGCUUAGCUUUUCCAUUCAAACAUCCCGAUUCCUGGCGAGCAUACCCCUACCAUUGGGCUUGGCUUUCAUUUGCCAAAGUUCCCUUUAGUGAAGAUAUAAAAAAUCUGGUCCUCCCCAAGACGUCUGACAUGAAUUUUGUGCAAGAUCUAUGUGAUGAUAUGUACCUUCUGUUUAAGCAAGACAAAGGGUUCGAUAAAAAUGUUUUUGAAAAACAAAUGGGUGUUUUACGAGGCCAGAUACUCAAUUUGAACCAAGCAUUGAAGGACGGUAGAAGCCCAGUUCAGCUCGUUCAAAUGCCUUCAGUUAUUAUUGAACGGUCAACUGAUCAGUCAAAUGGUUCAUUGCGAUCUGUCAUCAAACAACGGUUCCAACAGGAGAGUCCUAUCUUUUCUUGGUGCUAGUGUGGUGUUUCUAGUUCAGCUUCACUCAAAAAUUAUAUCACAGUGCUAAAUUUUCAAUUUCAAGACUAAAUAACUCCAACCAACGUGCAAAAAAGAGAGGGAUCGACUAAUUCGUAACACAUCAAAAUUAUCGUGAAACACGUGUAUAUAAAGAAAAUCUGAUACGACUUAAAUUUUCCUGAUUGGUAUCUACUUCAGCAAACCCAUGACCCCUUACUCUCGCAAAAUGCACGCAGUUUUAUUAAUCAACAAUUAUUUCGCAUAUUCGUGUAUUAAUAGCGCUUACCUCAUAAAAAUGACACCAUAUAAAUUCCAUUUUCUCCACCCCGUCAUAAUCAAUCAAUCGCUCAUGUAUGAAAAAUAAGAAAAAACUGGGUUUUAGCAAAUACAAAAAUAUAUAUUGGGAAUACUCCUAGUCAACAGUUGUUGGCUAACCUGUGUGUCUGUCUAUACUGGAGACUAGUCUAUUUAUGUAAUUUUUUUACCCCAAAAAUGUACUGUAAAAUUGCUCUUUGUAACAAAAAUGGUAUGAAAUCUUGCAAAUACAUCAUCUCGCGGUAUUGAAAAUGAAUGCAACAAGAAAAGUUUUUAUGGCUUAAAAAGGAAACUACAAUAAUCGUACAUUCUUGCGAUUGUGAUACUUAUAAAUAUUUAAUUUAACCAUAUUUUUCUUACACAGAUACAAUAAUUAAUCUGACACUGUAGAAGCUGUUCACCAUGUACCGAGAAACGCUGUGGUUGUGUUGUGGAUUGUUACCACUUAUUAUAAUACCUCGUCGUCGUGAUCCGCAUAUACCCUUCGUAGAUAUUAAUUUCAAAUCGUAUACUUUAAGCCAAAUUAUGCCAAUAAUUUGGAUUCUUAUUUAUUCUGUCCUUUGUUGUGUCCGUUUUUGUUUGUAUGAAUUUAAUUAGCUGUAUAACUAUACCGAACUAAACCACUUGCCUAAUUUAAUUCCGCUUAAUUUAUUUUAUAGAAAUUAUUUCAACCUGACCACCUUUAUGCUUUAAUUCCGUUGUAUUACUUAAGAUUGUAUAUUAUUUAGCUAAACAAAAUACUAGUAAUUACGAAUUGCCUGCUUAUUUAAGUAUAUAGCUUUCUGUCUACAAUAUCGACAUCAAUUUUGCGGUCUCGUCUCUACUAAAAAUAUAUUUGUGUUUAAUUGCUAUCAAUUGAUGAUGCAUCGCUGCUGUUGUACUACAGUCGAAAUUGUGGCUAGAAAAGUUUUUGUACGUUUUUAAUGUUUACUUGAUACAUACAUAUAAGGGCUAAGGGGUAGAUACAUAUAAGGGGUAGAUUCGACGUAAAAAUAUGAAAAGCUAUAUACAAUACAUACAUGUAUCUAUCUAAUAAAACACGUAUGUGCAUGGAUGAUGACGAAUUACAAAAUGAAAGUCUGGAUGCAAACCUUGAUUAAAAACAUGAAAAAUAAUAAAAUGCAGAUUUUCACUUAGCUAAAAUA